AUGCCACUGUCAGAGUACUCACCCCGAUCCUCCGACGACACGCUCGUCAAGCAGCAACACUCUCCCUCCUCACCGUCAUCGCUGGAUUCCUCUUCUCUCAUAACCGAGAAGCUGCACCGGCACCACACCCUCCACCCUGCGUCCUCGGCCCUGGCGAACCUCCUGCGGCGCAAGCACGCGGGCGGAGAUGACGACGAGGAAGACGACGCCAGUGGGGGCUACCUGAUGCGCGACCACCGAGCACACAGGACCCAGAGACUGCUGCUGGGGUGUAUCGGCGUGCUCUCGAUCCUGUGUGCCGCGCUGACCAUCGCCGUGGUCAAGCUCAGCGUCACGCCCAAGGACGUCUUUCGCCAUGUCCCCGAGGCCAAGGCCGAAGUCAUCCACUCACCGGGCGUGAUGCCUCCGAUCCUGGGACCUGAAUUCACGAAAAAGACGGUCCUCUUCCAGCGCAACGAGUCGUUCAUGGGAUCCAAGGAAAAAGCCUACCCUGCGUGGCACGAGAUCCUGCAUCGAGCACGACACGGGCGUGUGGCAUUCGACAGUAUGCCCGGAGAGUUCUACGGCGUUGCCGGGUACCAUCAACUGCACUGCGUGUGGCUCCUCCAGUGGGCUGUUGACUACUCGGUCCGCGGCAUCGUGCCCGACGAGUUGACCGCCGACCACAUGUUCCACUGCACCGAGUACCUGCGACAGUCGGUCAUGUGCUACGCCGACCCGACGCUGGAGCGGCGCUUCGAGGGAAUCCUGGGCCCCUUCAGCGCGAACAACACCCACGUCUGUGGCGAUUGGGACAAGUUGAUGGACUGGGCCGACGACCAUAUCUACCUCGGGCCGUACCUGAAUCCCACCACGAAGCUACCGCCCUAA